UGUCCGUUCCUAGCGGCUGCCUCUGCCUGGCCGCGCCUGAGCGGGAGCCGCGGGGUUGGAGCGCGCCGCCGCCGCCCCGCCAUGGCCGAAGCCUAUUUCCCAGUGGGGCCCGGGCUGGGGCCCGAGGAGAAUUUCCUCUCGCUGGAAGACAUCCUGAUGUCCCAGGAGAAGCUCCCGGGGCGCGUGGAGGCUGCCCUGCCCCGCCUGGCUGCCGUGCUGGGCAAGGGCGCGGCGGCCGGCCAGAGCGACGGCAUCCCGGAGGGUUCAAAGGUGGAAAUACCCCUGUGGCUAGCAAAAGGGUUGUAUGACAACAAACGGAGGAUACUUUCAGUGGAACUGCCCAAGAUUUACAAGGAAGGCUGGCGGACAGUGUUCAGUGCUGAUGCCAAUGUGGUUGACCUGCAUAAAAUGGGGCCAUACUACUAUGGCUUUGGCUCCCAGCUCCUGAAUUUUGACAAUCCAGAGAAUCCAGAGAUAGCUCAGACUAUACUGCAGACAUUUAUUGGCCGUUUCCGUCGCAUCAUGGACUCCUCCCAGAAUGCCUACAAUGAGGACACCUCUGCACUGGUGGCACGGCUGGAUGAGCUGGAACGAGCGUUGUUUCGAGCUGGCCAGAAAGGGCUGAAUGACUUUCAGUGCUGGGAGAAGGGGCAGGCUUCUCAGAUCACAGCAUCCAGCCUGGUGCAGAAUUACAGGAAGAGAAAAUUCACAGACAUGGAUGGUUGAAAGCAUGAAGGACAUAAAACUGCUAUAGGGGACACUGAGGUUCUCUGUGUCAGAGAGAAGAGAGACCAGCCAACCUUGGGAAAGAACAGACUCUCCUCCCAGUUUAACUGAAGUUCUGCGCAGCAUCUUCAGAUUAGACCAAAGCACAUUUUAGACUAGAGGACGAGUAUAACAAGAAUACAUCACAAAAUUAUUUUACAGCACACACAUCCUUCUCUCAUGGAUUUACGGUAAUAGUUUUGGGCUUCAUAGCUGAGUGGAUAUAAAAGGCUUGUCUGAAAGAGGAUCAUUUAAUAUUUACUGUUUUUAUCAUAUAAAUAGAUCUGGAAUUGUAAAUAGGGAUUCUGAAAAUGUAGUUUCAACUCUUUCACCCCCACCUCAAAUCCCACCUUCCCCACACAUACCCCAAUGUGUUGUUUCCAGCUUCAUGAUUCCAGAGGACAUCCCAGUAACAUGAGGAGAAGAGUGGUAUAGACUGCAUUGUGUUAUCCCCUUCUCUCUUGCUAUGGCUUAAUGUGCCAGUACAAGUGUCUUUGUUAGGAGUAAGCAUCUGCUGUUAGCUGAUUCUGUUGCUGCUUUAGUUUCGUAUGUGAUUUUAAUGCUUGUCAUUGGUACAGCGGAGACUGCCUUCUGUUUGUCCACACAGCAGUUGUAGUGGUGUUGCAAGCUUUAUGCACCCUGCCUCCACCUCCCACUGCCACUACUAUGCCUCAUACCCAAAAAAGCCCACUUCUGGGCAGCAGGUGGGAAUGGAAUGCCCAUUCGCUCCUAGAUGCAUGGCGGUUUUUGUGAUGUGGACACCGCGGAAGAAGUUCUCCUGAUUGCUAGUUUUGGCUAAUGGUGAAGGGGCAGAUCUAAUGAAUUGUUUCUUUCCUUCUGAUCUAUUGUUGUUUCCUCUCUGGAAAUGCCAUUCUUGCCAUUGGGAGCGAAUGGAAUUAGAACUCAUUAAACAGCACAAGAGUUGCUCUAUGGAGAUGUCCUCAAAAUGUAGCUCUGCUUGUGAGUCACGUUGGAGGGCACGAGAACACCCAGAAACACAUGGUUCCCUCUCUAGAAAGCUGCUCAUGGGACCAUUGGAAUCGGUAUUCUUGGGACAAGUCAUUAGAAACUAUCUGAGUGUUUCUUAGCCUUCCUUGGGAGGAAGCCCUUUAAAAAGUAACUACCAAGAGGGGCCUUCUCCUGAGAGGUGCUGAGCAUUCACAGUGCCUGUUGACUUCAUUAAUAGCUGUGGAUGUUAAUCAGACUUUCAGCAUCUCCUGGGAUCAGGCCCAUGGAGAGCUAAAUUUUGUAUGGGCAACUUGUUCUUGUCCACGAAUACUUAAUGUAACUGUUGGCUAAGGGAUCCCCCAGAAUGGGUGAGUGGCCAUUCUUGGGCCUCAGGAGUGAAAGCUCUGCCUCUGCAGUUAAUCAGAAAGGAUACUGACUGCUGGAUACGGCAGCAUCUUCAACUUUCCAUGGUCUCUGAAGUGCACAGGGCAACUAUCCCACUGCAGGAGACGAAGUAGCAGCUAGUGGAAUAUGAAGAGGGAGUUCAAGCAUGCACAUUAUUAAAUGCCGCUGUGCUAAAUGACAGCAUGCUAUAAAAAUGAUGCAUUUUUUAUAAAACUAAUUUUAGCCUGGAUUUGUAUAUUCUAUUUUGGGAUUUCUGUGCUGAAUAAAUGAGUGUUUCACGUGAAAUAAGUUCUUCACACAGAGUGUCUCUCUGUAAUUGCCCUGCUGCUGAGAAUCAGUCAUGGCCAGGAGAAGAAUGACCACUCAGAAACCUUAGCCAGAGGGUUAGUGAAGUCUUGUUGCUAGAACCCACCAUGUUCUUCACACUGCUCCCAAACAUAGGAGUGUUAUGUUUAUACACUUCCGCUGGCAAGCAACAUCUUCUGUUUGACUCCCAGCUCCACUGAGACAAUCCUAGCAUUUGCCAUGAGUCACAUUAGAGACACUGCUAGCAUAGGCGCCGACUUCUGCUCCCGCUGGUGGGUGGCCAGCUCCACCCCUUCCAUGAGGUCUUUCCCCCAUUCCAACCCUUUCCCCAAAGUCCCCACCCCAACUCCGCCCCCUCCCUGCCCCUAUUCCAACUCCUUCCCCAAAUCCCCGACCCCACCUCUUCCCUGCUUCCUCCUCUUAGUGCGCCGUGUUCCCACUCCCCUCUCCCCGCUUCCCAGAGCGGCCAAACAGCUAUUUGGCAGCAGCUGGGCGGGAAGCGUUGGCAGGUAGGCAGAGGAGAGGGGUGGCGCGUUCGGAGGGGGUGGGGGAAAGAGGAGUUUGGCUGCCAGUGGGUGCAGAGCACCCACUAAUUUUUCCCUGUGGGUGCACCAGCCCCGGAGCACCCGUGGAGUCGGCGCCUAUGACUGCUAGGUUGAUACAAGGCUCCAACCUUUGAUCUUGUUUUUUAAAAAAGUAUAAAACCCAAGUGACAGAAAUGUGUCGGUAUUUAUGCUUAGAUUUUGGAGUUUUUGUUUUUAAUUGAUAUUUUUGAUGUAACCAUUCUCUUGCAGUAUGUGCAGCCCAAACAUUGAAGCAUUGUGGUAAUACUCAAGAACCGGAAAGUGAAAUUGACUGAUAAUACUGUACAGCAUUCACUGUAUAUAGUGCUUAUAUUCAAACACUUUCCAAAUAUUAGCUAAUGAAUUCUCACAAUCCCAGAGGGGGAAACUCAGGCACGGACAUACAUGACACGCCAAAGGUCACACAGCAACAUGAUGGCAGAGCCAGACAUAGGAUCUGUGUCCUGACUCCUACUCAGUGCUCUAACUACUAGAAUGCAGGCGCUCCAAAAUAAGAGCAAAACAGACGCAAUCUGUUUUCAUUGUCCAAGCUGAGUGAAGUGAAAACAGACCAAUCAGCAUAUAUGAUUUAAAAGUAAUUUAGGUUUUAAAAACCCAGUUUUAAAGGGGGCAUCAUUGACAUGAAAUCUAGUCUGAUUGCCAAACAACACGCGUUCCCUAAAUUCUUUUACCAAUUUUCAUGGCAUGUUUUUUAAAAAAAAGUUUUCUCUCAAGCAGCAAAGACAUUGAAACGACUCUGCACAAAAUGCUGUCACACACAAAGUGAACAAAUUAAAAAAUAGAGGAGUUUUUUUCUCUAACCUCUUGCAGUAAUCUUAGGUGUACUUGUGAAAGUAGUAGGUACAAAAUGUUCACAUAAAUGUAGUGGUUGGUUGUUUUUUCCGUAGAUAAAUGUUCCUUUGAUACUUUCAGGUGUUACUAAUAAGCAGGAUAGGACUUUUAAAAAGAAAACAUGAUAUUUAACAUGACAGUGUCCUCUGAAAUUGCAGCUAACAGCAGAUUUUAUGUGCUAUUGAUUUUCUUGCUGUCUUGUAUGCCUUAUUCUAUGCAGAAAUACUUCAUGGCUGUUCCUGGGACUAGAUGCCAUUGAGAAGCCUUGCAAGGUAUCUGGCUAAGCCUACUGAUAAACACAAACUGUACUUUGUAAUCACACAGCAGCAAACUAAAGUGAGAAGAGUUUGGAUUUGCAUACUUGUAAAACAGAAACAAUCCCUGUCAUUUGACUAACAAACCAGCAAAGUGGAAGGUCGCUCUAGAAUACUGGCAGCGAAUCCCUGUCAGAAGUAAUGAGUUGGAAAACUCCUCUCGAGUCUACGUUUGCACCUAGAUUCUCUUUAAACUUUUUAUUUAUUGCUUCUCAGGUACUUUUCUUUACAGCAGAGGCAGCCACUGAGGCAUGAUGCCCAAUUAAAUAUAAAUAGCUUUUCAACCUACAUGCAAAACCACCCAUCCCAGUUCUUUCCUCCUUUUUUACUUCUGUUGCAGCUUCUUCACCAGCUGCUUUGUGCUCUAAUCAGUGUCUCAGAAGCUAUUGAUUGCCCCUGCCAGACUGGAAGUAGUAGGUGUAAUCAUUCUGACUUCAGUAUUGGACACCAAUCUCCAUAGCAGAGAGGUCAAGCUAGGUCAAGAAAUAGCAACCAGGAAAAGAUAAAGCAAAAAGUGGCACCAGACCUUUUAGCACAUCCUUUGGCAUGAAGGAAUCUAUUUAACAGGAAGACAUUUUAGGGUGGGAUUUUUGAAAGUACCAAAGUGAGUUUGAAGCACAAAUCCUAUAGCAAAUCAAUGAGGUGUCUGCUUGUAAGUCUUUUGAAAAUCCCACCACUGUCCUGGCAAGGGGGGUUCUGAGCUGACACCUACAGAUUAGCCAGUGGCUGAGCCCUACUGUAUCAAUUUGAGGAGUGAGGUGUGACCCAGGGACUUCUUGGUGCCAACCAACAGAGAGCACAAGGGAUACAUAGGGUUGCACAGGGAUCCCCUGGGUCAGAUAUAGGCAUAUUAGUUCACCAAAGGGUGACAUGAAAGGUCUCUACUGAGAGGCAGUAGCCCACAGGUCUCCAUAAUCAUUUCAAAAUGUUUUCAUGGAUAAUAUUUAAGGAGUUACUUAGCCAUACUGGAAAUUGUGUUUUUAAAAUCUUAAAGUUAAGACAGGUAACUAGGAGAUGACAUGCUGUGGACAGGUUCUUUUUAGGCAGGGCUUCUCGCCGGACACUUGUAUGGUUAUUGUGUAUUGUGUGCCUCACAAUGGAUGCUGAUUUACAGACAAAGUAAAAUGCUGAUUGAGAUUGUGAAAUCUACAAGAAAGGAAUAUACAGGAAAAAGCAACCAGCAGGGGGGCAUCUGGCUUAUGUAUAAGGACAGUCAAUAAUUCUGAUAUAUCUGUGGGUGCAAACAGACACCCUAGAUCGUCCACUGAGUAGGCAAGCUGACAGUGAGACUUAUCUCAUGAAUGAAAGAUCACAGCCAAACCUGGCUAUAAAAUGGUGCAAGGACUUUGGGUGAGCAUUGCUCUCUAAGACAUGAAAGUGUCUAGGUUCUAGAACAUGAUUUUAUUUUAUAUGUAACCAUAUGUUUUUAGUACUUCUUGCUAUCACAUGAAUUUCUACACUUUGUUCAAUAAACUUUUACUU